ACGGCUCCGGGUGCAGCAGCUACGCGGGAACACAGGGCGAGCCCACCGACAUGUACCUCUACAUCACCGCCGUACAGAACGCCGACUGCUCCGCGGGUGCAGCCGCCUGGGCGCGCCCCUGCCUGCUGGACCUGGGCGACAACCGGCCGCUGGCGGGGGCGGCCAACAUCUGUCCCUCGGCGCUGGGGCUGCUUGGGGAGGAGGCGCUGAGUGCGGUGCUGCUACAUGAGAUGAUACAUGCGCUGGGUUUCACCGAGUCCAUGUUCAACCUCACUCGCCGCCCCGACGGCUCCCACCGCCCCCUCUCGGAGGUGGUGCAGGUGGCGGGGGGCAGCAGCAGCGGCAGCGGAGGGGGCAGCGGGGUGAGCCGGCUGGUGACGCCGGCGGUGGUGGCGGCGGCUCGGGCGCACUGGGGGUGUCCGGGGCUGGCAGGGGCGCAGCUGGAGGAGGAGGGCAGUGCGGGCAGUGCGGGCAGCCACUGGGAGUACACACACUAUCAGGGCGAGGUCAUGGUGGCCUCCACCAUCUUCUCCGCCUCCGGCUCCCCGCCCGCCCUCUCCAACCUCACCCUGUCGUACCUGGAGGACACGGGGUGGUACGGCGUCAACCGCAGCGCCGCGGGGCUGCUGUCCUGGGGCGCGGGGUCGGGCUGUGCGCUGCCCUCCUCGCCCUCGUGCUGGCAGUACAUGCAGGAGGUGCCGGAACAGCAGCUCUUCUGCGACCCCAGCACUGGCGACAGCUCCUCCCUCUGCAGCCCCGACCACAAGGCCCCCGGGAUGUGUCGCUCGCUCAACUUCACGGGCGGCUGCGGAAUGGUGCUCUCACGGAAUGCGGAGCAGACGUGCCUGGGCCCCAACGCCGCCUACGACAUGCCCGAUGUGUUUGGCUGGGGCACCGGCUCCCCCUCCACCCGCUGCUUCCCGGUGGUGUACCGCUUCCAAGCCACGGUGGGCAGCAACAGAUACACCUUCCCUGCGACAGGCCUAGACGGAGACACGGACGCCGCCUGCUUCGACACCUCCUGCUCCCCCGACGGCACCAAGGUCUACGUGAAGCUGCUGGGGCGGCAGUUCGAAUGCCCCGCCGGCAGCUACCUCAGCCUGCCUCAGCUGCUGCCCUCCCGCUACUCCUCGGGCCGCAUCGGGCCCUGCCCCGACCCACGGGUCAUCUGCGCCACCCAGAGCUGCCCCGCCUCCUCCUGCAGCUCCACUGGCGGGGACUGCCUCAACGGCUCCUGCUACUGCCGCCUCGCCUACACAGGGCCCGACUGCGCCACCAAUCUCAUCACCGGAACCACAACGGCAGUCACCCAGGACGCUUCUUCCCCUGACACCAACACCAGCAGCAACACCUCCUCCACCUCCUCCCCGCCCCCUCCCGCCUCCGUUUGGACCCAGGUGGUGCAGAUCUCCCUGGAGUUGGCUGAUCCUGUGGUGCGGGUGCAGGCGCGGGCGGCCGACCUGGUUUCCCUGCUGGCGGGGUGGGCGGAUCUGCGGGCGGGGGCGGUGCAGCUGGUGCUGGUGGCUCCUGCCAGCAGCAGCAGCGACAACACCAACAGCAGCAGCAGCAGCGGGAGUGGGAGUACGGCAGCUGGUGAGAGCAACAGCGGCAGCACCAGUAGCGGUGCCGUACAGCAGGCGGGCCAGGCGUACGACGGCAGCUUCGGCAACAGCAGCAGCCCCACACGCAGACGGGCUCUGCAGCAGCAGUCGGCCUCCCCUCCUCCCUCGCUGCCCCGCUCCUCCUCGCCCCCUCCUGCUCCCGCCGCUGCCGCCAGUGUGGCCACCGCGUUGCUGUCCCCCCCCGGCAGCGCCGCAGUGGCUAUCCUGGUGGGGCGGCUGCGUGACGUCACCCAGCUGCAGCUGCUGUACGGACAGCUGGCAGCAGCGGGGUUUGCGGUGGUGCCGGGCAGCGCCAGCUUCCAGACGCUUAUUACCAAGGUUACGGCCUCGCCUCCCCCUCCCUCCUCCUCCUCCUCCUCCCUCAGCGCCUCCCUCUCCUCCAGCUCCCCCUCCUCCUCCGCUCAGCAGGAGGACCACAGCCGCUCGGUCGUCAUCAUUGCCAUCACAGCGGGAGCGGUGGCGGCAGCGGGCGUGCUGGUGGCGGGGGUGGUGGUAGCGGUCAUGCGGAGGAGGCGCAGCAGCAGCGGCAGUGGCGACAAGCUGCCACGGCGCGCCCACCGGUACCAUGCGG